AUGGAGCGUGUAGAGGAUGGCUCGAGCAUGAACGUCGUCCCGCCAAUGUUCCAUGCUGGGAUCUCGAACAAGUUUACAAAGCGUCAUCAUGGCAACUUCCGUGAUACAACGUUGACAGCAGCUUCUGCAGCCAAAGAGCGAGCAGAACGGAAGCUGGAACGACAAGCCAAUGCGAUCGAGAAACAGCAACAGAAGAUCGACGAUGAGAUGAUGAAAAUCACCGAGAUCACUCAGAAUCUACAUCGUCAACAGCUUCGAGAGGCCAAGCGUCUUCGGAAUCGACUGAACUAUGCCGCUUCAAGAGUUCAAGCUGCUUAUCGCCGUCAUCAGACUUAUGUAGACCAGCAGAAACGAGAGGCUGCUGUGUGUAUCCAAACGUUGUCUCGUGGAUUUCUAGCUCGACGAUUGAGUGGCAGACUACGAUUGCAGCGUCAAGAGCACGAACAAAACUUGUCAUCAGAAGUUAUCGCAAGAUGCAUUCGAAGAUGUUCGGCAAGAAAUAUACGCGCGAAAGAGAUCACGCGCAGAUAUUCGGCAGCUUGUAGUAUCCAGAGUAUAGUUCGUAUGAUUGCUGCUCGCUCGUAUGUCCAAGAAGAGCGAGGCAAGCGGCACGAAGCAGAACGUCAACACCGAGCAGCUGUUGUGAUUCAAUGCAAUGCGCGGAGCUUCAUGACUCGACUCAUCUAUCUGGACGUGCUGUACUUGAUCUGCCGCAUUCAGGCGGCCAUGCGUGGGUGUCUGGUCCGCCGACAAUUGCGAUGGCUCCGUAUCUCGGACGUGGACGCUAUCGCUAAACUACAAGCUCAUGUUCGAGGGCUUUUGACGAGAAUGAGGAUGGAAAAAGAGCAAGAGAAAGCUCAUCCCAAGUCGGUACCAACAAGUCGAAUUGGCACCACACGAGCAGCUUCCUUCUCGGUUGCAAGUCAUGACAAGCUCGGAAGGGCUUUGGUUCGAUCUGCGACGGGACUGGGAUGGCAACCUACCGUCGAGCCGGCAAUAAAGCGAUCGUACUGGCUUCCAGCGGGGGCUAGCUUUGAUAAACGACUUCCAGUGCUACCAGUGCCCAAGCGUAUGUUGGCGUUAGACCGUGGAGAUCCAUUUGAAGACGACUUGCGACUCAUAAACCAAAGCUGGACACCCAAGAAGAGACCCCAUCAGAAACCCUGUCCAGCUCGAUUGAGUCCUGUGGUGAUCCCAUCAUCAAAAAGUGACGUUGAUGAUCCCAGCUCGACGGAUGAUGACGGUGUAUUAGAGAAGGAAGAGCGUCUACGUCGACAAGAGGAACUUAAGCAGAAGAUGCUACUUCGAAGAGCCAUGGAGAAACGUCAGCAGGAGCUUGAACUCAGGCUUAAACGCGAAGCCGAGAAUGAAAAAAAUGAACGCAACUUAAUGGAGCGCGAGGAGAAGGCUGUUCGUCUUCAGCUUCGAGUUUUUCGCCGGCGUGCAAGAGAGGGGAAAAUUCGACAGGCGACAGCUGAUCAGAGACGUGAAGAACGAGAACGACUUGCAAUGGCUCGAGAAGAAAGACACAUCCGCCUUCACAUCAAGUUUUGUGUUCGUCAGAAGACCAGACGACGGCAGAUCGCGGCAACAACAAGCGAAUCCGAGUCGCAACCUCCAUCGACGUCUUCAAGUCGACGUGAAUUACUGUCGCGUCGAAAAUCUUCAGCUGCGAAAUCCCGUAAAGCCGAGUCUGUACCCUCAAAAGGAGGCGAAGGUAGUAGUGAGGACGACGGGGACAUGUCUUUUCUUGACAUUAACUUCACCAUCCCGCCCUCCAUGAAGACACGCAAGCAAUUACGACGAAAAACACAGUCAAAGAAGCCCCGAGUAAAUGCUGAAGACGAUUGUGGCUAUGGAGACGAGUUCGACGACGUUGUGGACGAAGCAGAUCUCUGCCACCUAAUCUGCUAG